CCUCGUCAACAAGGACAAAGACAAGGACGUGUGGUCUUUGAUUAUCUCUUUUGAGCACGAGUGGGUAACAGGCGUGUGUGCGUCGUAAUGGAGCUGCUUGUGUUGGUCAAGGCCGACGCGCCCAACGUGCUCGAGGAGGUGAAGCAGCUGGUGCUUGAGGCGGAUUCGGAUGUCAAUGCGCGGGAUCAUACCAUGGCUACGGCACUGCACUGUGCGGCGCAGACGGGCCAGGAGGAUGUGCUGCUUUUUCUCAUCGGAAAGGGCGCAUCGGUGCGGGCACAGGACAACAAGGGCCACACGCCGCUGCAUGUGGCGAUUCUCUCCAAUCAGGUUGCGACGGCAGCGUUGCUCGUCGAGUUCUCGCUGGCCUCGGACUUGCUCAUCAAGGACAUCAACGACAAGACCCCGCUGGACAUGGCAGCAACGACACCAGCCAUGAACCAAGUCGUCGCCCUCGACCGUGCUCUCGACUAGGUCUCUGGCAGAUCCAGAUCGAGUUCACCCUCCUGCGCGUGUACGCAUGUAGUAGACGAUUGAACAAGGUGAUCACCCCCUCA